AUGUCUCAGACCGCAGGCGCAGUCAACGGCAUCAAGACCAAGGAUCAUGAAGCCAUCCAGACCCAAAUCGCACCUGUCCACACUUUGCAGCACGGCGAUGUGGAAAACCUGAAGCUCCCUGUCAUGGACAAAGUGGACAAAUUUGGUGCACACGCAAAGACAGAUCCUCGAGAGAUAAGACUGGUGAAGAAACUGGAUUGUUACAUUAUGCCUAUUCUCUGGUUCAUGUACACUUUCAAUUACCUCGACCGCAAUGCCAUUGUCAACGCGAGACUCAACAACCUCGAGGCAGACCUUGGCUUAAAGGGAACGCAGUACAACACCUGCGUGUCCAUCCUGUUUGUCGGAUACAUAGCCGCACAAGUUCCGUGCAAUAUGUUGCUGAACAGGUUCCGAAUUUCCCUUGUUAUGGCUGGUUUUGCUUUUGCCUGGUCGCUUGUUAGCCUUUUGACAUUCUUAGCCCACAACUACAGCAGCAUGAUGGUUCUUCGAUUCAUUCUCGGCAUCGUCGAGGCUCCGUUUUACCCGGGAGCACUCUACAUCAUUAGUCUGUUCUACACUCGCAAAGAGAUCGCUCUAAGGCUCGCUAUCUUGACCACUGGCAAUAAUUUCUCCGGUUCUUUCGCGGGCCUAAUCGCAGCCGGUGUCUUUCAACUGGACAAGAAGCUUGGAUUGACUGGCUGGCAAUGGCUGUUUAUAAUCCAAGGUGCCUUUUCGGCACUAACCGCGCUGAUGGCCUUUUGGUUUCUACCUGAUGACCCCCUGACCACCAAAUGGUUAACCGAAGAAGAGAGGUUACUUGCCCAUAAUCGAAUCCUCAUCGACACGGUCGACGUCCAAGAGAGCACAAGUGUCUGGUCUGGUCUCCGGGACGCGGCCACUGAUUGGCGUACCUGGGCGAUGACCCUAAUGUACAACCUGCAUGUUUCCUCGCUUGGAUUCCAAAACUUCAUCCCAACAGUCAUGUUGGGCCUCGGUUAUAGCAAAACCGUUACACUAGCUCUGACAUGCCCGCCCUUCUUCCUUGCUGCCAUAGUAGGACUUAUCAUCGCCUGGACGUCGGGUCGCUGGAACGAACGUACCUGGCAUAUUGUCAUAUGUAAAAGCAUCGUUAUCAUCGGAUUUAUAAUUCCUCUCACUACCAGCAACUUUGCCGCGCGUCUAUUCAGCAUCUUCCUCUUUGUGGGAUUCAGUUUCGGCAUCAACAAUAUCCUGUUGGGGUGGAGCAGCACGACGCUUGGUCAGACCAACGAGAAAAAGUCGGUGGCCCUAGCCAUCAUUAAUAUGCUGGGCAAUAUAUCGAACGUUUACACCCCUUACUUGUGGCCGUCUUCGGAUUCGCCGCAUUACAAGACUGCAUGGUAUGCGAGUAUCAGUUUCGCGGUGGGUGUGAUUGUCGUUGCACUGUUUAUGAAGUACUCUCUCAAAGCUCGAAACAAGAAGAUGAGUAUGAACAACGCGGAGGUGAAGAAUUUCUUUGUGUAUUAG